AUGAAUGAAGAAGAGGGAGAAUGGCGGGAAGGCAAUAAAGUCAUUUCACCUCGUAUACUUCCCAUUUUAUCAAAACCUACCUUUACUUCUAAAUAUAGGAUUAACUUGUGUUCUUUCUCUCUCUGGAAGCCCCCCCUGCCACGUUCAUCAACUCUUUCGUUUCUCUCAAAAGCUCAGGGCAUUAUAGUAAAACUCCUACGCAUCACACACACCACAAAUCUCAGCUGGAUUUUUGGUUCUGUUCACUUCCCAUUGGCUGCACCUCCUCACAAACCAACUAAAUCCUUUGCUAUUACUUUUCUAAUCCCUUUCUCUUCUCUUGAACCUUCUCCCACCCAUCUCCACCACCACUUCACACAACCUUCAAUAAAUAAAAAGAAAAGAAAAAGAAAAACACUCACGCACCAAGAGCAGGAACAGGAAAACCGGUUACCGUUAGUUUCUAUGACUUUCGAUGUUAUGUGUGAGUGUGAUAGAUAG